UGACAUUGACAGAAUGACAGAUAUAAAAGAACAUGUGUAAAAGUAAAUAGUUUAUAUUUUCUUAUUCCUAUUAAAGAGUGCAAAAUAAAUGACUGAAAUAUCGUUUAAGCACAAUGAAUUUUGCUCGCAAACAGUUAGAAAAGUACGGUUGGAGCGAAGGUAAGGGCCUGGGGAAACACGAGGAUGGUAUCGUAACGGCCCUAAAGCCCCAAUUAAAGUUCGAUAACGCGGGCGUGGGACACGAUCCCGGCGAACAAUUUACAAAUAAUUGGUGGGAAAAGUUAUUCAAUAAAGCAGCUGAUAAUAUCCAAAUCGAAUCGGGUAAGAACGAUGUACGAGUGAAGUUGAAGUCGAAAGGGUCCGUCGAAAUAACCACAAAGGAUUAUUCCGUGAAGGAUUUCAAGAAAAAUAGUCAUUUAGAAUACGGUUCGUUUUUAAAGACUGCCAAGCUAACUGGGAGUAGCGUAGAGCAGUAUGAUGUGCCCAGCAUUUCUGAACCAAAAACGAGUUUCCAAGCUAUGACCGACGAGGAAUUAUUCGCCGCCUGUGGCGGUAGGACUGCUCACAAAGGUGCUAGACAUGGUCUGAAGUUGAGCGGAAAGUUAACGAGAAUCGAAAAACAGGAGAAAAUGCUGUUGAAAAAAAUGAAGAAAGUAAGCAUAUCGGAUACGACAACUGAAAAGAAAAUGAAAAAAUUGAAAAAAUACAAGGACGAAACUAAAGAGAAAUACGUCCACAUAACGGAAGACAGCAUGGAAAGCACAUCUUCCAACGGCCUUAAGAAAAAGAAGAAACGCAAAAGUGUCUCAUUCAGCGAAACUGUUACAAUAACCCCCAUUUACCCUGUUGAUUUGGAUACGAGUAUCGAAACUAUUGAAAGCGAAGGAGAUUCUUUAGGUAAAGAUGAAAAUUGCAAUGCAAUCACCACCCUUAGUCCAGAAGAUGGCCUUGAAAACAUCGAAAAUAGUAAUGAUCAAAUAGAUAAUCCUAAUAAUUUUGAAUUAAACAUUAAUGACCUAUCAAAGGCCGAAAGGAAAAAGCUCAAGAAGAAAAGAAAGAUGAAAGACAAAAAACUUACAUCCACUGGAAUAUUUCUACAAAAGCUUCAAAUUGAUCCCAACGAGGAUGCUAACACAAAGAAAAGCAAAAAUAAGGAAGUUAAUUUAAAGAAAAGGAAAUAUAUUGAGGAAAGCGAGCAAGAUUUAAACAAACACUCAUCAAAACCUGAAUCAUCAAUACGACAAAAAAGCAAGAAGGAGAAACAAAAAAUAAAGAAACAGAAGAAAGUAGAAGAAAAGAUGGAUUUAAUAGUCGAAUCAUUGGAUGUGGUAUGUCGCAUAUCGGAGAGUGAAUAAUCUAAAUACGCUCAUUUUUUUAGUUUAAUUCAAUGAAUAUUUUGUUUGUAUGGAAAUACUCGUUGGCGAAAUUAUUAUCUCAAUUAUUUUCCUUAUCUAUAAUUCUUUGGCAAUUGCGUAAUUUUUACUUCAAUAACUUACCUUAAAAGUAAUCUGUAUUUGCUGACAUAAAUUAAGAGAAAAAAAAUGUUCAUUUGUAAUAUAUUUCUUUAAAGUAUUAUGUUUUAUGCCAAAGGAUUAUAAAUGGA